UGUUGAAUUUUUUAUUUACUUAAGAAAAGCAAACUCUACAUAAUAGAGACUCGAAGUUUCAUGUACAAUCCUCUCCUUCUGUUCCACAAGGAAACAUAACAUAAAAUUAAAAAAAAAAAAGCUUUCUCCAGUCCUCAUCAUUCUGAUCUUCAAUUUAGACAUAGUUAAUUUGGUGUAUCUUUCUAUUUGAUGAAAGUAUGCCGGCCUCCUUGCUGUAUGCCUUUAAGUGUAGUAUUGGUGAUGAUAAUAAUACCUAGCAUUUAUUUGGUGCUUUAAGGCUUAUAGAGCACUUUAAAGUUGUUAUCUCAUUUGAUCCUCACAACAGGUAGGAAUAAUUAUUAUCCCCAUUUUGCAGAUGAUGAUACUAAGGUAGAGAGAGAUGAAGUUGAUUUGCUGGGUUACACAGCCAGAAACUUAUCCUUCCAUCUUCUAGAAGCAUAUCAUUCUCUAUGAAUUAAUAAUAAUAGACAACUAGUAUAUAGUUGCCUACUAUGUGCCAGACACUUCAAUAAACACUUUACAAUUCUUAACUCAUUUGAUUCUCACAAUAACCCUGGAAGGUAGGUGAUAUCAUUAUUUCCAUUUUACAUGUGAGGAAACUGAAGAAAACAAAGGCUGUGACAACCAGGAUCACAUAGCUAGUAGGUAUCUAAGAUCAAAUUUGAACUCGGGUCUUUCUAAACUCUCAAGCCUCUAUUUGCUCUAUUCACUGUAGUUCCUUAUGAUUGUAAAGGAAUGGAUAAUGACUAGUCUUAACUUAUAGUGAGAGAAUUUCCAUUUGGGAGAAGGGACCAGUUAGGGGGUGUUUUAAAAGAGGUGGUGAAAGAUUGAGCAUCAUCCCUCUUAUAGACAGGGGAACAGAUGAGAAUUUUUCAGUGCCUUUCCAGCUAUCAUAGUCUGUGGUUGAUGAUUGGUUAGGAGACCCACCCACCUGCCUGGGAGACACCACCCAGUGUCAACAGUGCUCACCAGGCUCAGCCUCCCCAUCCAGUCCUCAAAGGCUUGGCUAAAGGUCAGAACCUACAGGAUUCAGAGAAAGUACAGGGUGGGGCUGCCCCUAGAUGAUAAUGGAAUAUAGGAGGGAGGAGAGUAAUGGAAUUACUCUUUUCUAAGGGGGGCUCUCCAAGAGAAGGAAAGGGCAAAUCAGCUAGGUUGGAUCCAGUGCUAUUAGGUUAGAGGCAAGCUGUAGGUGGUACUUCUAGGAUGAUGGUAUAAACUGAGGCUUCGAGUUAGAUAGAUCAAGGCUCAAAUUCUUCCAAAGUUACUUGUUAGUUGGGUGAUCCUGGGCAAGUCAUUUCAUCACUGUCUGCUUCAGUUUCUUCAUUUGUAAAAUGGUAUGAGAAUGGUACUUACCUCAGAGAACUGUGAGGUUCAAAUGAGCUAACAUAUUUAAUAUUCUUAAAUCUUAUCUAUUAUUAUCAAAGGAGGUUGAGGAGCAAGGAUUCCAGUGGCCACCCAAUUUCCAGCUCAUUAGGCAACAGAUCACUAAUGGGGAAGAGGAAAUGUAGAUGUGACUCAGUUUCCCCCCAGGUUAAUACAUGGUGCUUUGAGAUCCUGGAAGAUGCUUUGUUGGGGCCCUAUAUGCUGUAUCGUUACUAAUUAAUUAUCUCUAUCGAUGUUCUUAUUGCCAAUUAUCUGAUAUGUUCUGUCACCCAUUCACUCCCAGAAAUGAGCAAGCCUUGGGACAACAGUCUGCACACAGCCCCUAGAGAAAUGGAUGGCUCAGAGACUGUCUGUGACCUUAUUAUACAGGACAAACAGUCCGGAGACGAGAGAGGCUGGGAUCCGAACCAGCCUUAAAGCCGGACAUUCCUAGCCCGAGAGGAGAGAUAACCCCGAGAGGCCCCAGCCGUCUGCUGACCCUUCCCGGAGGGCGAAGAGCCUGGACUGGAUCUCUGCGGCAGAGCCAAUAGCCGCAGCCACGGGACACCUUCUCCGCAACCGCGCUGACCUCCCGACCCGCUAGAGCAGGAGCGGGAUUUCUGGAGACAGUGGGGUUGGGUCUCUGGGGGGCCCGAACAGGUGUUUAGGGGAAGAUUCCGGAGUUGGCGGGGAGGGUUAUGAGGGAGGGGCGUCGCUGCCCCUUUAAGAGGUGGCUGCAGAGCCGAGCCCUUCUCCACCCUUUCCCCGGAAGAAAAGCGGAGCCAAGGCCCAGGCUUGCUAGGUGGGGAGGUGCGGAGCUGGGCGUGGGAGAGGCGGGGCUGCGGGACCCCUCCCUCCCUCUCUUCCCUCCCAGCCGCGAUCCGGCCCCCGCAGCUGGGAGCCCGGAUCGGGUAGCUGGAGCUGGUAGAAGGCGAGGAGAGCGCAGGCAGAGCAAAGCCUUGCUGGGGGGACAAAGUGGCAGGAGGGUAUGGCUGAAGACGCAGGGGGCCAAAGGGUCUAGCCGUGCGGGCUUCAGUGACACAGGCCAGAGAGCGGUGGGGGAGAGGGCGUGAUACUGACCCGGGCCGGGUAGGAGAUCCGGCGAAGACAGGGUGUGAAACUGACCAGGGACACCUGACUGUACCAAGUGGGGCCACCUGACGGGGUUGGCCGAGGGCCGGUCGGCUAAUCUGCAGGCGGCCGCGGGGGAAACAGGUGAAUCUGACCCCCCACCUCCCCUGCGCCCCCAAUAUACACCCAUUCGCCCCAAAGGGUCGGCUGCAGCCAUGGAUCCGGGCCGCCGUUCCCCUUGUGCCCAGCGCCUGCCUCUCUGUGCCUUGGCGCUGGCCCUGGCAGCUGCUGGCUGUCGCGUAGCCUCCGCCUUCAACCUGGACACCCGAUUCCUGGUGGUGAAGGAGGCCUCGAACCCCGGGAGCCUCUUCGGCUACUCGGUCGCCCUCCACCGGCAGACUGAGCGGCAACAGCGCUACCUGCUUCUUGCCGGUGCCCCCAAGGACCUCGCUAUCCCCGAUGGCUAUACAAACCGGACAGGCGCUGUAUACUGGUGCCCCCUCAGCUCCCAGACAAAUGACUGUAAACGGAUGGAUAUAGAGGAAAAAAGUGAUCCCAGGCAGCACAUUAUUGAGGACAUGUGGCUUGGGGUGACAGUGGCCAGCCAGGGACCUGCAGGCAGAGUGUUGGUCUGUGCCCAUCGCUACACCAAGGUGCUAUGGUCAGGGUCAGAGGACCAGCGGCGGAUGGUGGGCAAGUGUUAUGUGCGGGGCAAUGAUCUACAACUCGACCCCAGAGACGACUGGCAGACCUACCACAAUGAGAUGUGUAACAGCAACACAGACUACCUGGCCACUGGCAUGUGCCAGAUGGGCACCAGUGGGGGCUUCACCCACAACACUGUGUACUUCGGGGCACCUGGUGCCUACAACUGGAGAGGAACCAGCUACAUGAUCCAGCGGAAAGAUUGGGAUUUUUCAGAGCACAGUUAUACUGAAAAAGAGGACCGAGGACAUCUCUAUAUUGGGUACACAGUACAAGUGGGGAAUGGCAUCUUACAUCCUGAGAGUCUCACAAUUGUGGCUGGUGCUCCCCGGUACCAACACGCAGGUGCUGUCUUCCUCAUGAACCUGGAGGCAGGUGGGGAAAUGGAACUGAAGCAGGUGUUGGAGGGGAAGCAAGUGGGCGCCUACUUUGGUGGUGCCAUUGCCCUAGCAGACCUUAACAAUGACGGGUGGCAGGAUCUCCUGGUGGGUGCCCCCUAUUACUUUGAACGGAAGGAGGAGAUAGGCGGUGCAGUCUACAUUUUUAUGAAUCAGGGGGGCAUCUUCCCCCUCCACCCCUCUCGACACCUCCAUGGCCCAAGUGGCUCAACUUUUGGCUUCUCCGUGGCCAGCAUUGGAGACAUCAACCAGGAUGGCUUCCAGGACAUUGCAGUGGGUGCUCCAUUUGAGGGUUUGGGAAAAGUCUACAUCUACCACAGCAGCUCCUCAGGCAUCAGGGACCAACCUCAGCAGGUGAUUCAUGGGGAUAAACUUGGUACCCCUGGCCUGACCACCUUUGGCUACUCGCUGAGUGGGCGGCUCGACGUCGAUGAGAAUUCGUACCCUGACCUGCUGGUGGGGAGCCUGGCUGACCGCAUCGUGCUGUUGCGAGCCCGACCAGUUAUCAACAUCCUCAACAAAACUCUGGCUGUGAGACCUACCAUGCUGGAUCCCACCCACUGUACUCCCACGUCCUGCAUUCAGGUUGAGGUGUGCUUCGCCUAUAACCAAAGUGCAGGGAACCCAAGCUACAGACGAAACAUCACCCUGGCAUAUACCCUGGAGGCAGAUCGAGAUCGGCGACCACCCCGAGUCCGGUUUGCUAGAAGCCUUUCUUCUACCUACCAUGGAUUGUUUUCCAUGCCCGACACCCACUGCCAGACCCUUGAUCUGCUUCUGGUGGACAAUAUUCGGGACAAGCUGCGCCCCAUCUCAAUCUUCAUGAACUACUCCUUACCAGAGAAGCUUCCUAAGCGCCCACGCCUGGGACUCCACUCCCUGGAUGCCUUUCCUAUCCUUAAUGAGGCCCAGCCCAGAGAGAACCAAACAGAGAUUCAGUUCCAGAAGGAGUGUGGUAUUGAUAACAAAUGUGACAGUAACUUACAGCUUCAGGCUGCCUUCUUGUCUGAACAGCUACAGCCCAUGAACAGACUCCAGUACAGUAGGGAUGUCCGAAAACUGUUCCUGAACAUCAAUGUAACCAACAUGCCCAGCAGGGACCGAGCUGGAGAGGAUGCUCAUGAGGCUUUGCUCACUUUAGUUUUGUCUCCAGUCCUACUCCUCUCUUCUGUCCGCCCUGCUGGGACCUGCCAGGCCAACAAUGAGACCAUCCUGUGUGAGCUGGGAAAUCCCUUUAAGAAGAACCAGAAGAUGGAGCUGUUUAUUGCCUUUGAGGUCAUCGGUAUCACCCUACAGACUCGGGACAUUGAGGCUCAGCUGCAGCUUUCCACGUCCAGUCACCAGGAUGACCUAAAACCUGUGACCAUGAUGCUACAGGUGGAUUAUACACUUCAGGCCUCACUUACCAUGGUGAAUCACCGUCUACAGAGCUACUUUGGGGGGACAGUGAUGGGAGAGUCAGGCAUGAAUAAUGUCACUGAUGUGGGUAGCCCAAUCACCUUGGAAUUCCAGAUAGGCCCAAUGGAUGAAGGAUUGGCAGCUUUAGGAACUCUGUUCCUGGGUCUGGAAUGGCCCUAUGAAGUCACUAAUGGCAAGUGGCUUCUAUACCCCACUGAGAUCAUCAUCCAAGGAAAUGGAACCUGGCAUUGUCAGCCACCUGGGGACCUUAUCAACCCCCUCAACCUUACUAUUUCUAAGGAUGAAUCUCCUUCCCAGAGACGACGGCGAAGGGAGCUAGAUCCUGGAGAGCCGCAAGCUCCUCCUCCCAUCACCCUGGCUACUGCCAAGAAGGCAAAGUCAGAGACUCUGCUGACAUGUACCAACAAUCAAGCUCACUGUGUGUGGCUGGAGUGCCCAAUUCCUGAUGUCUCGGUGCCUUCAACUAUGACGGUGCAUGGCCGAGUAUGGAAUAGCACCUUCAUUGAGGAUUACAGUGAUUUUGACAGGGUCAGGGUGGAUGGCAAGGCUACGCUCUUCCUCCGAACCAACAUUCCAACCAUCAAUAUGGAGAACAAGACGACAUGGUUUUCUGUGGACAUCGACUCCGAGCUGACAGAGGAGCUUCCGGCUGAAAUUGAGUUGUGGCUGAUCCUGGUGUCUGUGGGAGCCGGGCUCUUACUGCUGGGGCUUAUCAUCCUCUUACUAUGGAAGUGUGACUUCUUCAAACGGACCCAUUAUUACCGGAUCAUGCCAAAGUACCAUGCUGUGCGGAUACGGGAGGAGGAGAGGUACCCACCCCCAGGGGGCACACUGCCCCACAAGAAGCACUGGGUCACCAACUGGCAGGAUCGGGACCGAUACUACUGAUAUUUUCCUAAACUUCCAUCUGUGCCUAUCUUCAUUACUCCUCCCCUAAAUCCAACCCUUUUCCAUUCUAUUUAUCAUAAGUUAUGCCUCCUGCUGCCUGCAGGGAACACCACUUGGUCCUUGGCACCUUUGGGUCCAGGAUUCAUUUUCCCCAUUUCCACCCCUACUAUGGCCAGGGAAGUGCCUUCCCCUCCCUUCCUAAAAAGAAUCCCUCUCGAUCUCUUCCUCCUUCUCCCCAUCUCCUUGAACCUUCUCCCUCUCUCUUGUCUGUCUCUUUGUCUUCCCCUCUCUCCACAUGCUGACUACCCAUUCCUCCCCUUCACUAGACUCCAUUUUCUGGCUUUGAUGUGAGGAGUGACUGUGGAUAUUUGCUAUGGUCAUAUCCGUUCUACUCCUUGUCCCUGCAUACAUGUGAACCCAUGUUCAAGGGAUUUACUUGCAUACAUGUGAUGAUCAUGCAUGGAAUGUCCAGUCCUCACUGGUGCCAAAACCCAGAUGUCCCUCUCCAUUCUCUUCCUAUCUUCUCCAAAACCUUGCUUUAACCCCCUUAUCCUGAGGGGUCAGGAAGAAUCAAGCCCCCCAAGGCUUAUGUGGGGAGAAUCACUCUUGACAUUCACACUGGACCUACUUUGAGCCAUAGCCACUGGAUUGACUCUUCUUGUGGGGCAAUGAUGACUGCUCAGAUUGGGCCAGAGAAAGCCCCUCUCUAAGACCACUGGCCAUUCACAGACAACAAAAGAGACACAAUUGCCCCCCUGCUUCCCAAGCUGGAGGAAGAAGUUGACAGGUCCUUGAACAAAAGGACUUCCUUCAUGAUCCUUCUCAAAGGCUUCCUCCAUUCUCCCUCUUGGCCACAGGCUGAACCUGCAGAAAAUGUAGCAUUCAACAGAGAGAUCAGAUUGCUGCCUGACCAAUGGUCCCUAUCAGGGAUGGCUUUGAUGUGAUUGGAUAGGAGAGAUAUGGAAGAAAGAAGGGGGAUCGUCAAGAUGGGCUAGGCAUGAGAUGGGAAUGGCCAUCACUUCUCUACCCACCCUCUCUGUCUGACUAAGGGUGGGAAAGGGGGGGAAUGGUAAUGACCAUCCUGGAUCCCAGCAGGGCUAACGGGGGAAGGAGGUGAGCUGAAAGAAAAAGACGACUGAAUGAAUGUAGAGUAGGGCCUGGGGCUUUGGAAACAAGCCCUUGCCCUCCCCCUGCUGAACCUCUCCUGUUACCACUACUCUCCAUGACAGCUGCUUCUCCACUCUUCCCUUGCACUCCCUCUAACCCCUCAUCAUAAGGAAGUGGUCUGAGAUCAACAGGGAGAGUGUGGUUCCUGGAGAUCAAAGUCUUGAUCAGUACUCCUCAGAGUGCUUAGCACUGGGGCUAAGACUUGAAAUAGCUUCCUUCUCUACCCAAGGGAGGUCAAUAGAACCUUGAGGUUAACAGACCUUUCUUGAAUCUGGCCCCUUGGAUGCUAGGAUCAAAAGCUACUGUUUGUUCUCCUACCCUGGGCCCGCUAUCCCCCCUUCCAUGGUACUGUAGCAGGGGAGCCCCCUCCCCGCCCUUGUGCCUUCAUUGUAUAUAGGCUUCUGGUGGCAACCAAUAAACUGCUCCUGAUUUGUAAGAUA